CGAACCCCGGCGCUGCGAGCGCUCUCGUGCCGGACGUUGCGCGGCCGCGACGCCCCAGGCUGGCGCGGCCGGGCGCUCCAGGUUCGUUGUAGCCUGCUGGGUCCUGGGCAGCUCUACGAGACUUAGGCCGUCCAGCGCGCAGACAGAGGUGGUUCCUGCUGGUUCCCCAGGUGGACGUGACUCCCGUUAGGAGCACAUUCCAAGCAGGGCUGGAGCCAGGUCACAGCUCUCUGUCAAGGUCCACAGCUGGGUCUGAGAUUCUUUGACAGCACAUACAGACAACUCUGUGUUCCCAGUUCAUCAUGGCUUCACCUUCAAGCAGCUCCACUGUUGGGAGAGGUGCCGGUUCAAAGCCAAAGUCACCGAAGCUGCUGGAGGUUCUGAAUGCACUGGAGGAGGAGGAGUCCAGCCACAGCAGGGAGGAGAUCUUCAUUGCGCCACCCGACAAUGCCUCAGGGGACUUCACUGAUGAGGACUCGGGUGACGAAGAUGGCCCGCGAGGCUCCCACCUGCCGGGCAGUGUCCUGCAUGCCUCUGUUGUGCCUGAGGACUCCGACACCGAGGAGGAGGAGGACGGCCUGCAGCGGCAGCUGGCCGUGAAGAGGCAGAAGGCAGCAGUGGAACCUCAGCGCGUUUGGACCAAAAGGGACAUCCGACCCGACUUUGGCCCUUGGACUGCAUCGGACCCUCACAUGGAGGACCUCAAAAGCCAGGAACUGAGUCCUGUAGGCCUCUUCGAGUUGUUUUUUGAUGAAGGAACAAUUAAUUUCAUUGUCAGUGAGACCAAUCGUUAUGCCUGGCAGAAAAAUGUCAACCUGGGGCUCACAGCCCAGGAAUUAAAGUGUGUUUUGGGCAUUUUGAUUUUAAGUGGGUAUAUAUCCUAUCCAAGGAGAAGAAUGUUUUGGGAAACAUCCCCUGAUUCACAUCAUCAUCUUGUGGCUGAUGCGAUUAGAAGGGACAGGUUCGAACUGAUCUUCUCCUACCUGCACUUUGCAGAUAACACUGAGCUGGAUGAAAGCGAUCGGUUUGCCAAAGUCAGGCCUCUCAUUGUGCGGAUGAAUUGCAAUUUCCAGAAGCACGCGCCCUUGGAGGAGUUCUACAGCUUUGGUGAGUCCAUGUGUGAGUACUUUGGGCACCGGGGAUCCAAGCAGCUAUCUGCAGGGAAGCCCAUGCGGCUGGGCUACAAGAUCUGGUGUGGGACGACCAGCAGGGGCUAUCUGGUGUGGUUCGAGCCCUCCCAGGGCACGCUCUUCACCAAAUCCCACAGGGGCCUGGACCUGGGAGGCAGUAUGGUGGUCAAGUUUGUGGAUGCGCUUCAGGAGCGUGGCUGUCUGCCAUACCACAUAUUUUUUGACAAGGUUUUCACAAGUGUCAAACUCAUGUCCAUUUUGAGGAAAAAGGGGGUGAAGGCCACAGGAACUGUUCGUGAGUACAGGACUGAGCGGUGUCCCCUCAAAGAUCCCAAAGAACUCAAGAAAAUGAAGAGGGGUUCAUUUGACUAUAAAGUUGAUGAGAGUGAGGAGAUUAUCGUGUGCCGCUGGCAUGACAGCAGUGUGGUCAACAUCUGCUCCAAUGCUGUGGGCAUAGAGCCCGUGGGGCUCACCAGCCAUCAUUCAGGAGCAGCCAAGACGCGGACCCAGGUCCAUCAGCCGUCCCUGGUGAAGCUGUACCAGGAGAAGGUGGGGGGCAUCAGUCGGAUGGACCAGAACAUUGCCAAGUACAAGGUGAAGAUCCGGGGCAUGAAGUGGUACUCGAGCUUCAUUGGCUAUGUCAUCGAUGCGGCCCUCAAUAAUGCCUGGCAGCUGCACACGAUCUGCAGCCACGAUGCCCAGGUGGACCUCCUGGCCUUCCGGAGGUAUGUGGCCUGUGUGUACCUGGAGAGCAACGCCGACACGUCCUCCCAGGGGAGGCGAAGCAGGCGGCUAGAGACGGAGAGCCGCUUUGACAUGAUCGGGCACUGGAUAGUCCACCAGGACAAGAGGACCCGGUGUGCCCUCUGCCACUCACAGACCAACACCCGCUGUGAGAAAUGCCAGAAGGGUGUCCAUGCCAAGUGCUUCAGGGAGUACCAUAUCCGGUGACGCACAAUGGCAGGGGGAGCCUGGGGAUACUGGUUUGUGAGAUGUUUACAGCUAAUUACAUAGAGUACAUGGAGCACUUGGUUUUGUAUUGGAAAAUAGAGACCUGAAUCCCUAAUAAUUUGCUUUUGUAUUUCCCCCCAUCUCCAUUACAGUUAUCUUUUUAUUGUCUUCUGUGAUCCCCACGUGUAACGUAAAUUAAUAUUUAUAUUGGUAAUUAUAGAUGCUUAUAAAUAUCUAGAUUAUGCUGUUAAUUAUUUCAAUGAUGGGCCCCUUUUUAUUUAAAUAAAAGUCUUGCUUUGGGUUAUAGCUGAGUCUUAGUUAGGAAAGUCAAAUAUAGCCAAAAACGUCAAAAAACUUCCAUGAAUAGUAAACACGUUUUAUAAUUGUAUGCUGUUGAUUAUAAUCUAAGGGCAAUAGUAUGUAAGUAUGGUAUUAAUAUGAUGAAGGAUAUUUUAUCAUAUCUACUUCACUUUAACACUAGCAAACUGUCCAGGGAUAGAUAAUCUGCCUUGUAUUUAUCCAGAGGGUUAGAUUUGUAGAGUUUGUAUUUUCUUGAUAAAAAUAUUUUCCUAAUUCAAGUAUAUCCUUACAGAAUCCAUUUUUAUAACUAGUGUGAGAUAGGAAUCUGCCCCCCCAAAAAACGGUGGUUUGCAUCAUUUAUAAAUAUAUAUGUAUAUAUUUCCGCAGUGAUUUUAAUUCUACCUAUAUAAAUUCCUGAAAUUUGGGGUUAAGUAUUGAAACAUAAAAAAUAUUUUAUGUUGGAAAACAGUGGAAUAUAUUGCAGAAGAAUAAAAGAAAUACAUGUAAAAAUUUGAACCUAUCAAAAAUCAAAGAAAGCAUGUUGAGUGUCUUUAUUUGGAAAAGAACUUUCUACAACAGCACAAAUUUAAGAGGGGCACAUCAGUAUGUUCAGCUGUACAAAAUUAACAUUGACAUUCAUUACCAAAGUUAAGAUGCCAAUAGAGAAAAUAUAUUCUAAAUUAUUACAUUUAGGGGCACCUGGGUGGCUCAGUCAGAUAAGCAUCUGCCUUCAGC